AUGAUCAGGCAAAGAACAAGUCGCAGUCUGUUGGGCUCUGCAUGCAAGCUCUCAACUUGUAAAACACGCCUCCCCCUCAUCUCAGUAUAUAAGGUGGUAAAACAUAAAAAAAAAAAAAAAACUGUAAAAAUGAUGGGAAAACCCACAUUCCUUAUAUGGACAUCCUUUCUCCUCCUCCUCUACAACAGAGCAGGGUUUCCGUUUCCAUUUAGGAAGGGAGAAAAAAAAAACACACACGUUGUUGCAGUGGUUAGCCAAUGUACAGCCAUGCGGUUGAGUUUCCGAGCAAUGAAAGUGAAAGUAGCAUAGAAACUAUAUAAGGAGAGAGAGCAGCCCUACGAGAGCAGCAGAGAUGUGGAAGCACAGAGGGCAGAAACUGACAGCCAGAUCAGGAGCUAUGAAGAAAAGAGAGGAAAAUGUCAGAGUGCUUUAUUUUGCCAGUGACUGCGUGGAGCCUUAUGUUGAGAUCAUCGCACUGAAGGACUCAACGCGACGCUCGAGUCUCUGCAACUCAGUGGAGUCUGAGGUUGAGGAGAGCGAGUACCAGAGCGAGAGCGAGGAUGAAUUCCCCGUCCUGAGCCACGAGAGCCAGCUGCUGGAUGAAUAUCACCUACAGAAGCUUGCCGCUCACCUGCCUCCAAGGACGCAGGGGUAUCCAUGGCAACUGAUGUAUAGCACUGCCAACCAUGGGAGCAGCCUUAAGACGCUCUACAGAAACAUGGCUGGUCUGGACUGCCCUGUGCUGCUGGUCAUCAAAGACGUGCACAAAAAGGUGUUUGGGGCUUUUAGUUCGGAUCCAUUCAAAGUCAGUAAAUACUGCUAUGGCACCGGCGAGACCUUCUUGUUUAGCUUCAACCCUGACUUCCAGCAAUACAGGUGGAGCGGGGAGAACUCCUACUUUGUGAGCGGCAACUGGGAAUCUCUGCAGAUUGGAGGAGGAGGGGGUGGCUUUGCCCUGUGGCUGGACGCAGAUUUGAACCGCGGUGCGAGCUUUUCCUGCCCUACCUUCCACAACGCUCCUCUUUCCACGCACGAAGACUUUAUCAUACAAGACGUUGAAGUCUGGACUGUGCAGAACUGAAUGAGGACUUUAAGAAAAUGGGAUUCACUAUUCGAAGUUGUGAAACUUCAAGCCGACGUGUCUGUGUAUCCAGAUAGAGCACCCGCCAUCAGAUCUGCAUCUGGGCCAGAGUGCCUGCGCAGUCUGAAGCCUCCAUGACCGGUUCUCUAAGUGGGCCUGCUGUUCGGUGAACAGGGACUGUUAGAAGCAAGUAGCAACAGGAAAUCCUGCAAUUCGGGCCACUGUUACUGUAAGCUUCUGGGUGUUCACCACAUUUACCCUGACUGAGCUCUUCUGUGAUCCUGAAGAGCAUUAUGGCACCAGGUUCACCAAGUUUGCUUACAAUUAUGGCAUUGUAUGCAUGUGUUGUGAUAUCUAUGUUUACACCUGCCUAUGAUCUCACGUGGCAUUAUUUAUUCGAUGGUAAAGACACUGUAACAUGGUAGAAGCUAGAGUUUCCUAUCUGAGCUCCCCCAAAAAAGGCGUGGUUUUAAUGUAACUCCGUUUGAAAAGACAAUACCUCACAUGAGGUGAGGUAAAGCACAGCUUUGCACUACGAAUAGCUAACUGUAUUGUCAGUAACAUGUGGUGUUUGAGGAGGAAGGGAAAUCUGACCGUGAUGCUACUAUGUACGAAAAUGCAUAUAAGAAAUACCUACUAUUUUAAAUCUUUGGUUUAUUUUUGUAUGUAAUUAUUUAAAUAUAAAUCCUUUUUAUACAAAGAAUUUAAACAAGAACGUAAAGCACAUUUUAAUGUAUGUCUGCUUGGUUUGUUGUUUUUGGAGUAUAAACUUGAUCCUGUCGGGCAGUGCUGGCACUGCCAAGGUCCCUUUCACUUAAAAAAAGAAUAAAUGUGUUUCAUCUAAACUUCAUACCAUUAAGCUUUUUAGAAGUAAAAAAAAAGCUUAAUAAGACCCUAAUAAAAAAGGCAGAUGUUUUCAUACAAAAUGUGUCUU